UGCAAAUAAAUGUAGAGCUCUCUUUCACCCAUUAGUAAGUAAAGGACAUCCGUUUAGAAGACGUCGCUGGUUCAUGUUGAAGCGUGGCGGAGAGUUUUACACGAUUCAGAUGUUAUUAUAGAAAAAUAGGGAAAAGGGCAUCUAUAAAGAUCAAGAAUUUCCAUUUUCCUUGGCCAAUCAUGGUCAAGAAUUGCUCGGCCUAAAAGUUUAUCCAUCUUCCGCUCAAAAUACUGCAUCUUUAUGACUCCUGCAUCGUCAUAAGGCUCAAAGAACGCCAGCCCAGAUGAGUUUGAGGGUGUUUCAGAGUCGAAGUUUUAAUCUUUUACGAGGUGAUGUUUCUUCGGCAGUCAAGGGUGAGAAUAAGACCAGCAAAAGGUUCCUGUCUUGGCAACACGCGAAAUCGAACUCAAGUUCGCAUCUUAAGCUUGUAGCUCUUGCUUCUACUUCUUCGGUGAGUGGCUCAGGUGCAGAAUACUCAGAGGGAUUGUUGGAUGUGAGGAAGAAGGAAAAGAAGAAGGAAGUCGCUGGCAUAGAUCAAGAUGAGCUUGUGGACCCGGCACUCCUUGCGGAUCCCGACAGUCGUUUUUGUGAGUUUAAAGGUGUCCACGUACACCACAAGGUUUAUGAUGUGGCAUCGCAAGGACGUGACUCUAUGGAAACGGCGAGUCAUGCGCGACUGCCCCAUAUUCCUAUGAUUUUGUUGCACGGGUUUGGAGCUUCUGUCUUCUCCUGGAAUAGGGUUAUGAAGCAUUUGGCUGGGCUAACUGGUUCCAGAAUUCUUGCUUUCGAUAGACCGGCUUUUGGAUUGACAUCUAGGGUUAAAUCUGUUGAGCUUUCAUCUAGAAGCAAGGAUGAGAAACCUCUAAAUCCAUACUCCAUGGCAUUUUCAGUGCUAGCCACCUUGUAUUUCAUUGACUUCUUGGCAUCAGAUAGAGCAAUUUUGGUGGGGCAUUCCGCUGGUUGCCUUGUUGCAGUCAAUACAUACUUUGAGGCUCCAGAACGUGUUGCUGCGCUAAUUCUUGUAGCACCUGCUAUUCUUGCACCAUAUUUUUCACGUAGAGGCAACAAAGGUAGUGAUCUAGGAAGAGAGAACAAGAAAGAAGAGAGAUCAUCUGGUUUGGAUGUUGCAGUAAACCCAUUCUCAAGAAUCUUCAGAUUCUUGUCACAAACCAUUAAUGCCAUUUCAGAGGUGCUAGUGCAAAUGGUGAAGGGGAUGGGAGGCAUGCUUUCCACUCUAUAUAAGAAACUGUUGUCGACUUUCCUGCGCUCUGCUUUUGCUGUUAUGCUGGUAAGGAUGGUAAUUGAUAAAUUUGGUAUAGCUGCCAUUAGAAAUGCAUGGCAUGAUCCAAACAAAAUCAACGAACAUGUCCUGCAUGGAUAUACAAAGCCAUUAAGGAGUAAGUAUUGGGACAGAGCUCUGCUGGAGUACACCACUGCAAUGCUUCUGGAUGCCGAUUCUGAAUCAAAACCUCCACUUGCAGAAAGACUGCAUGAAAUCUCUUGUCCAGUUUUGAUUGUCACGGGUGACAAUGACCGGCUCGUUCCAUCCUGGAAUGCCGAGAGACUUUCACAAGCCAUACCGGGAUCAUGUCUUGAAGUAAUUAAGCAAUGUGGACACCUACCCCAUGAGGAAAAAGUAGAAGAGUUUGUUUCUGCUGUUGAGAAGUUUCUGCAAAGGGCUUUUGGGGGUUCACAGGAGCAACAGAUUCUGCAAGCUGUGUCUUAGUAUUCUUAUAGUUGCAGAAGACCAUUCCUCCUUCUGCUUCAAGCAGAUAUCAUGGAUCAACUGAGAAAGAGUUGGUCUUCUAAACGCUGAAGUAGUUGGUGCUCCGCCUCUUUAGAAGUCGCAUCCACGUUUUAGAAUCCAGAUGUUGGCCAAUUAUUUUGGAAUAUUUAGGUCAGUGAAACAAGAAAAUUAUUUGUUUCUAUUACACAAAUUGACAUGCAUUAUUUUUAU